ACCCGGCUCCCCGAGAGAUAAUGGUUCGACCCGAGAGGCGGUGCCCCGGUGCCCUGGCAGUUCCGAUUGGCCAGGGCGAGCCGUACCACGGCGGUGGCGGGGGAACGGGUCGUAGACGGCGCGCCAAGAGACACGGAGGCAGUGAGGGUCACAGCCUUAGGCCCCCACCUCUCUCUGCGCUGCGCUGGGCCAGGCCGCCCUCUGGGAUGCAGUGGGCCGUGGGCCGGCGGUGGGCGUGGGCCGCGCUGCUCCUGGCGGCCGCGGCUGUGCUGGCCCAGGUGGUCUGGCACUGGCUGGGCACUCAGAGCUUCGUCUUCCAGCAUGAAGAGAUCGCGCAGCUGGCUCGGCAGUACGCCGGGCUGGACCACGAGCUGGCCUUCUCUCGGCUGAUCGUGGAGCUGCGGCGCCUGCACCCAGGCCACGUGCUGCCCGACGAGGAGCUGCAGUGGGUGUUCGUGAACGCGGGAGGCUGGAUGGGCGCCAUGUGCCUUCUGCACGCCUCCCUGUCCGAGUACGUGCUGCUCUUCGGCACCGCCCUGGGCUCUAGCGGCCACUCGGGGCGCUAUUGGGCUGAGAUCUCGGAUACCAUCAUCUCUGGCACCUUCCACCAGUGGAGAGAGGGCACUACCAAAAGCGAGGUCUUCUACCCAGGGGAGACAGUGGUGCACGGGCCUGGUGAGGCAACGGCUGUGGAGUGGGGGCCAAACACAUGGAUGGUGGAGUACGGCCGGGGUGUCAUCCCAUCUACCCUGGCCUUCGCGCUGGCUGACACAAUCUUCAGCACCCAGGACUUCCUCACCCUCUUCUAUACUCUUCAAGCCUAUGCCCGGGGCCUCCGGCUUGAACUCACCACCUACCUCUUUGGCCAGGACGCCUGACCAGCCAGGCCUGAAGGAGGACCUGUGGAUGGACAGGAGCGGGCAGGCCUGCACACAUCCACUUGCUGGAGCCCACGUGAAAAGACAUGGACAUACUCACAACAUGCAGAUACUGAGUUCCUGGUGUAUGAGCAGGGACACACAUGCAUACAACCAAACAUAGUCAUGGGAACACAUGGGACACACAUUCAGAUACUGAAUCCUGUGUGUACGGCAGCAUUACGCAUUCACACCCAUGCAGAGAGGGACCCCCACGUAUACCAAAGGGGCCAGUCAUGUUCGAGCACAUAUCCCACAAGCUCGACUCACUAACUCAGGCCUUUCCAGAGCUUCUCUGCCCCUAGUCAGGCUCUGGAGUUAGGGAUGGGGGUGGCUAUUACAAACUGCCUGGGUCUGACCCUUCAACCCAGCAGCCAUUGGAGGGGAUGAGGGAGAAGAGGAGCUGCCUGUGGAGGCUCCCUUCACCUGCAGCUGUGAUGCCCUUCCCCUUCAUCUCCUUGUCCUCACCAUAUGCCUUACCCCAUUCUGUUCCCCUGCUAUGCAAGUACCCUCAUGGCCUGUCCCCACCCUCGCAACCAAGUUAGCUGGAGAACCAGAAGAAUGUGGCAAAUGCUGAGGUUAUACCUCCCUCCAGGGUAUAAUGGGGAGGCUGGCCUCAGCUGAGGGCCCAGUGCUGGGGUGAGGACCUAGACAGGUGGGCCCAGGUCCAAGGGGUUGCCGCUGGCCCAGAGAAAGCCUUUUCUGCACGCACACACACAGACACUUACUACAGCUUCCAGACACUGCCUUUGCUGCAUUCUCUGUCCAUCUAUCUGUGUCUGUCAAUAAAGACCUGUUGAACAGUU